AUGGAAAUCUACACCGAUGGAAAUCUACACCGAUGGAAAUCUACACCGACGGAAAUCUACACCGAUGGAAAUCUACACCGACGGAAAUCUACACCGACGGAAAUCUACACCGACGGAAAUCUACACCGACGGAAAUCUACACCGAUGGAAAUCUACACCGAUGGAAAUCUACACCGAUGGAAAUCUACACCGACGGAAAUCUACACCGAUGGAAAUCUACACCGAUGGAAAUCUACACCGAUGGAAAUCUACACCGACGGAAAUCUACACCAAUGGAAAUCUACACCGAUGGAAAUCUACACCGAUGGAAAUCUACACCGACGGAAAUCUACACCGAUGGAAAUCUACACCGACGGAAAUCUACACCGACGGAAAUCUACACCGACGGAAAUCUACACCGACGGAAAUCUACACCGAUGGAAAUCUACACCGAUGGAAAUCUACACCGAUGGAAAUCUACACCGACGGAAAUCUACACCGAUGGAAAUCUACACCGACGGAAAUCUACACCGACGGAAAUCUACACCGAUGGAAAUCUACACCGACGGAAAUCUACACCGAUGGAAAUCUACACCGACGGAAAUCUACACCGACGGAAAUCUACACCGACGGAAAUCUACACCGACGGAAAUCUACACCGAUGGAAAUCUACACCGAUGGAAAUCUACACCGAUGGAAAUCUACACCGACGGAAAUCUACACCGACGGAAAUCUACACCGAUGGAAAUCUACACCGAUGGAAAUCUACACCGACGGAAAUCUACACCGACGGAAAUCUACACCGACGGAAAUCUACACCGAUGGAAAUCUACACCGAUGGAAAUCUACACCGAUGGAAAUCUACACCGAUGGAAAUCUACACCGACGGAAAUCUACACCGAUGGAAAUCUACACCGACGGAAAUCUACACCGACGGAAAUCUACACCGAUGGAAAUCUACACCGACGGAAAUCUACACCGAUGGAAAUCUACACCGACGGAAAUCUACACCGACGGAAAUCUACACCGACGGAAAUCUACACCGACGGAAAUCUACACCGACGGAAAUCUACACCGAUGGAAAUCUACACCGAUGGAAAUCUACACCGACGGAAAUCUACACCGAUGGAAAUCUACACCGAUGGAAAAGCCCUGAUUUAA